AUGCAUGGCAAUGAAGCUGUUGUCUUCUGCUCUGAAUCACAUGAAGAAAACUCUUCUUCACCAAAUCCAACUCAGAAGCUCUCCCUGGUAAAAAAUAAGAUGGUUUCAUUGCAUCAAUCUUCUACACCAGAAAUCUCUUGUAUCAUCGGCUCAAGCUGUUCAUGGGUGACGUCCACAGACAGUUUUGGAAAACCAGACUGGGUGUUAUCUUCCAUUGGUGUCCUGGCAUCCCAGGAAAGGCAGCAGAUACUUCUGGAAAACAGUUCCUCCCAUGGAGAUGUUGAAGGUAGGCAGAGCUACAGUUCCCCUCGAAUGGAUGCCUACUUUUGCCCAGCCCUGGCUGCAGCAGGAGUCAGCAGGCUGAGGCCUCAGGCCCAUGUCACUAAAAGUGCCACCAUGUGCUGGUUCUGGUGCAGGGUUCCCAACGUCAUUGCCCGAGAGUCAAUAAGAAAGAACCAUUUAUUUAACUUCUACUGUACAGAUGACAAGGGAGUAGCCUGGAUGAAAUGGAAACACCUGGUGGCCCAGAUUGGACGAAUAGAAAGACCUUUCAAAAUCACCCUGGUGUAUUCAAACUGUGGAGCACAGGAGGUUGGAGUACUGGCACUGGGGUCCUUGAAACUCAGGAACUGCUUUCAUGAUAAAGAAAAUCAAGACCUUUUUGUAUAUGACAAAGGCUCAACCUUCCCCUGCUUUCAUGGAGGCUGUGUCAGCCACCUACAGAUCUGUGAGUUUAUCAGUGAUUGCCCUACCAAAGAGGAAGGAGUGAGGUGUGACAAUCUCCCAGAGGGUUCACACUGCUCUUUUGAAGAAGGUCUGUGUGGCUGGACACUGAAUGAAACUGCAGCAUCUCCUUGGUCUAUUCGGGGCUUUUCCAAAAUUAUUCAAGAAGACUCAUUUGUAGGGUCUACUUUGCAAGCCACUGGUGGACACUUCCUCUACCUGCGAGCAGACAGCACUCAGACAAGUGGUAUGGCUAAGGCUUCCAGUACCAGCUUGCCAGCCAGUCUUGCCACAGAAGACUACCAGAUUCAAUUUUCAGUGCAUGUUUUUGGAAGCUACAAUGGUACAGUCUCCUUCUCUCUCAGGGAAGAGAUAAAGGGAGCUCCAGUCACCUUGCCAAUGUGGGAAAGGGCAGGGAGCUGGAGCGACCACUGGUUUCUCAUCACCUUACCAAUGCCAGAGCUUCAGAACCGGUUUCAACUGGAACUCCUGGCAACCUGGGGCUGGAAUUCCCAAGCUGACAUUGCUAUCGACAACAUUACAUUUGGCCUGGACUGCUUCACUGAUGGAAGACAACUGAAUCAUUUUGCUGGGAAACGCCAGUACCCACGUGAGAUUAGUAUCCUGGAUGAACAUCUUCUGAACCCCCUGGAAGAGCCCUCCCUCCCAGGGGACACAACUGUUGUUCUGUGGUGGUUCUCAACGUGUGGUGCCAGUGGUCCCCAUGGGCCAACUCAAGCUCAGUGUGACAGUGCCUACAAGAACAGCAAUGUGUCAGUGACUGUGGAGAAGGAGGGCAGGCUCCGGGGAGUGCAAGUCUGGAGAGUGCCAGCCACAAACAGAUACAGGAUUUCUGCCUAUGGAGCAGCCGGGGGGAAGGGAGCCAAAAACCACAAUAAGAGGUCCCACGGGGUCUUCAUCUCAGCCACCUUCCACCUGGAGAAAGAUGAGCUGCUGUACAUCUUAGUGGGGCAGCAGGGGGAGGAUGCCUGCCCUGGGGACAAUCCUGAAACUCAGAAGAUCUGCUUAGGGGAGUCAUCUCUCAUUGAAGAAGAUUACAAAAAAAAAAGGGACCUAAAGGAAUGGGCUGGAGGAGGUGGGGGUGGAGGAGGAGCAACCUACAUCUUUAGACAGAAGGAUGGCAUUUUCGAACCUUUGCUCAUCGCAGCAGGAGGAGGAGGAAAGGCCUAUCUGAAGGCUCAGGACAACUCCCUGGAUGAUGUACCCCUGGAGCAAUAUGAGAACAGCACCUCAGUACCUGGAGUCAGUGGGAGGACUGGGGCAGCAGGUGGAGGUGGUGGCUGGCAAGAUGAGAGUCUGCUUCCUCAGGCUGGGAAGUCCCUUCUGGAAGGUGGAGAAGGAGGUCAAGCUUGUCCCCAAGCACUAGCCAAGCUCCAAUGGACCACCUCUGGUGGUUUUGGUGGAGGAGGAGGAGCUUGUACUUCUGGGGGAGGAGGCGGAGGGUACAGAGGGGGACAUGCCUCUGAUAGUGAUGAUCUCACAGCUGGUGGGCAGGAUGGCAUCUCUUUUGUGAACCCCAUAGGAGAGAUCUUCUUGCAUCCCUUGGCAGCCAUGGAGAGUCAUGGUGAGGUGGAGGUUCAGAUCUAUCUUAACUGCAGCCACUGCCACUCAGACAACUGCAAGCGGGACCCUGACACCAACCUGCCAGUGUGCCAGUGUGAGAUGGGGGCUGUGCUGGCCAACGACAAUGUCACCUGCACUGUGCCCCAGGGUCCUAUACCAGAGCGACAGCUGCCUCUCCCUCUCCUCUUAGCUGUGGUGUCUGUGAUUGUGGUGCUUGGAAUGAUCCUCACUUGUGGCAGCCUGUCUAUCAUUUAUCACCUGAAGAAGCAGCAGCUGGAAGGAUCCAGAGCACGACUGCAGAGCCCAGAAUAUAAACUGAGCAAAAUUCGCACAUCUGUCAUCAUGACCGAUUACAACCCCAACUACUGCUUUGCAGGGAAGGCUGCCACUCUGAGCGAGCUGAAGGAGAUCCCACGGAAGAACAUCUCUCUGCUUCGGGCACUAGGACAUGGUGCAUUUGGUGAGGUUUAUGAGGGAACUGUGGUAGGCAUUGCAGGGGACCCGAACCCUCUACAAGUGGCUAUCAAGACCCUGCCAGAAGUCUGCUCUGAGCAGGAUGAGAUGGAUUUCCUGAUGGAAGCAUUGAUUAUCAGUAAGUUCAAUCACCAAAAUAUUGUGCAGUGCAUUGGUGUCAGCCUACAGACACUGCCUCGCUUCAUUCUGCUGGAGCUCAUGGCUGGAGGAGACAUGAAGAGCUUCCUUCGACAGAACCGACCCAGGAUGAAUCAGCCAUCCACACUAACAAUGCAGGACCUGCUGAACAUAGCUAGGGAUAUUGCCUGCGGCUGUAAAUAUCUGGAAGAGAAUCAUUUCAUCCACAGAGAUAUAGCUGCAAGGAAUUGCCUUUUGACCUGUACUGGAGCAGGACGAAUAGCCAAAAUUGGUGACUUUGGAAUGGCCAGGGAUAUUUACAGAGCAAGUUACUACCGCAAGGGAGGAAGAGCCAUGCUUCCUGUCAAGUGGAUGCCACCAGAAGCUUUUCUAGAGGGCAUUUUCACCUCCAAGACUGAUACCUGGUCCUUUGGAGUGCUGCUUUGGGAGAUUUUCUCUCUAGGCUACAUGCCCUACCCUUGCAAAACCAAUCAGGAAGUGCUGGAAUUUGUCACCAGUGGAGGAAGAAUGGAUCCACCAAAAAACUGUCCGGGGCCAGUGUACCGGAUCAUGACACAGUGCUGGCAGCACAGUCCAGAGUAUCGGCCAAACUUCUCUACCAUCCUGGAAAGGAUCAAGUAUUGCACCCAGGACCCUGAUGUGAUCAACACUGAGCUGCCCAUGGAGUGUAGCCCUGCAUCAGAGGAUGAAGGGAGUAUGGUCAUGCGCCCAAACAUUUCCAGUGGGAUAGUGCCACUGCUGGUAAGCCCUUCUCUCACCCCUCAGACAACACCUAAGACACUGGAAUCCCACCCUGCUGGGCACAAACUUGUACCAUGUCCACAAGAGCUACUGGUGGAGAACCUGAGCAGCCGGACUGCCCGAGGGCCCAGCCUGCCAUGCCUCAGUGAUUUCAACAGUGGGUCAUGGUUCCAGCAGGCCUCAAACCAGAAGCUGGAGCUCAGCAACCCAUCCGUUCACAGACUUAAAAACAAAACAAAAAAUCUUUGGAACCCAACAUAUGGAUCAUGGGUACUAGAGAAUAUCUGUCACUUCAGCCCCAGCUCCAAGCUCCAAGCAAAUCCAGAGAGGGAAGAUUCAGGCUUUGAUGGGAAUUGCAGUUCUCCUAGCUCUCGGGCAUCUCCAGCAUCUCCAAGUCAAAGUAACUGCCCUCACCUGGAUAUCAGUGGGAUUGAACUGGUGAAACUGCAGACUUUUCCCUGUGGCAAUGUAAAUUAUGCUUAUGAUGACCUGUGCUAUAGUGCCGAGCACCAGCCAUCAGCCUUGGCAGAGGUCAGAGCAGCUGUGCUAAGGAGCUCCAGUCUGCACAGAGAUGAUAAGCCUUUUUGUAAAAAAGAGAAAACAUCAAGAGAGAGAGACUCUGGUCUGUCUUUGUCAGAUGACCUGAGUGUUACUCCAGUAUAGUAGAAAUGUUUCUUCCAAAGAUCAGGGAAUGUGUGCGUCUGGAAGGACUGCUUCCUGUUUCACUAACUUCCUCCAUUUUAGUUCCAUCAGAUGGGUGAAGUUUCAACAUCAGCAAUGUUCUGCUUCCUCUGUCUACC